GUGGAUUGCGCUUUGCUUAAUGAGUGAUCGCUCCCUGGAGAUCUAUUUGGGUUUUGUUUUACGCAGAAACCGAACCUAAACUUAAAGAGCUAAACUUGAAGGGAAAGUGUAAAAUGCCUGGUUAACUCAGGGCAGAUGUCAAUGAGGAUCGUAUGCAGUGGCUCCGUAUGGGAAUUAGAUGCCGAGUUAUGAGAGGAGAAGAGAAGGAGGAAGGGGAGGAGGAAAAAAAAAACUUGCUGGCACCGCCUGCCAGAUUCACAGCAGAUCUCAGCAAUUUAUCGCAUCGCCGCAUCUAACCCUAAACUGUCUCUAACUGGUUCAGUCGGACAGGGUGUUUACAUUGAACCUGCGGGGCUGAGUUCUUGCAGAGGGAGUUGCUUCGCUACUGAUGCUGGGGAGAUAGAUCCUUUAUCUCCCAUCUUCUCUUAUCGCCAUCUCUUCUCCUUCCCCCCCUGCGCAACUGAGUCGACACCGGUGGCAUAUUGGACGCGCUGGAUGGCUGCUGGACUUAGCGAACCGGCGUGAAUCUUUCUUUCAUCAUCCUCACCUUCCUCUGAGACUGAAAACAAAAACAACUGCAGCAACAAUGACAGACCAGGUGAACCAGGAGCCCUACCUCGUCCCAGACCCGACUGUUGUGGAGCCCUGCCCGACCACGGUGCGGAACGGCCAGUGCGCCCCUGAUGGCUUCACCAACCACCAUCACCAGCAAGCCAAAACCCCCACCGAGCCUGAGUCCUUCACUAUGGGCCAGGAGAUGAAAAUCACAGAUAGUGUGGAGGGAGAAGGUCUCCUUGAGAGCAGCAUGCGCCUGAAGCCCCACGAGGCUCAGAGCUACAGGAAGAAGGCGCUCUGGGUGUCUUGGGUCUCCAUCGUGGUCACGCUUAUACUGGCUGUGGCAGCUUUCACUGUAUCAUUCAUGAGACACAGCGCAUCAGCUUUUGGAUUUGCCUUCGACGCUACGCUGGAUGUCCUGUCAUCAGUCAUUGUCCUUUGGCGCUACAGCAAUGCAGCAGCUGUGCACUCCGCGCACAGAGAAUACAUAGCAUGUGUCAUCCUUGGGGUUGUGUUUGUUCUCUCCUCCAUGUGCAUCCUGGGAAAGGCCAUCCAUGAUCUGGCUACUAAGAUGCCGCCAGAAGUGGAUGACUUCCUCUUCAGUGUGUCCAUAGUGAGUGGGCUCACAUGUACUGUGCUGGCUGUGGCCAAGUUCAUGCUGGGAAGAGUGCUGACUAGUCGGGCCCUUAUCACUGAUGCGUUUAAUUCUAUGAUUGGGGCCAUUAUGGGAUUUUCCAUCCUGAUAAGUGCGGAAGUCUUCAAGCACCAUGCUGAUGUCUGGUUUCUGGACGGCACCAUUGGCGUGCUGAUCGGACUCAUCAUUUUAGCCUAUGGGGUCAAGCUCCUCAAGGAUAUGGUGCCCCGUGUGAGGCAGACGAGAAACUACGAACGCUUCGAGUGAGAGGUCUGUGUCUUGGCCAGAGGGGCAGGUUCAGAUACACGCCCACACACCUGGGUGCCUCCUGGCCUCUUCUCUCUGUCUUCAUAUGCACUUACGUCCACAUUCCCCUUCCACAUUCACAGAAAUGGUCCACGCUCGUGUUCUCAUACAUACAAUACAUACAUACAUGUGAAUAUACGUAUAUACAUAUAUACACAUAUGCUGUAUAUACUGUACAUAAUACAUUCGUCCCUACAACAUGUGUCACGUACACGCGCACACACACACACACACACACACACACACACACACACACACGUAAUAUAUCUGAGAGACUUGGAGACAAAAAGACAUGAAUGAAGAGCAUCUCCUGGAAAGAAAGCACUUCAGUCAAAGGCUUUGUUCGAUCCUUCCCUUUUUGUCCAUUAAGCACCAGUAUUACUGAUUACAUUCUUGACAGAGUACAUUAACUGCUGCUAAGAUGAGAUCAUUCAUGGCGUCAUUGUUUUUACAUAUCCAAACAGUUAUUAAUUAUUAAAUUAUUAAUUAUUAAAGGGUGUUGCCUGUUACAAAUGAAAAUAUAUUUUCCCUUUUUCAUUAAACCAGGAAGAUAUAAAAUAAAGUUUUUAAUCAGCUUCAUAGUGAUUGAUUUGCUAACAGUUGUCCCUAUGACAACCUUACCAACCAUACCGUCCUAUGAGCAGUCUCUCUACUCGCAGUAGAGAGAGAGAGGAAGUAGGAAGCAGAGAGACUCAGUCAGAGAACAUAUGGGCAGCGCUGAGUCAGCAAACAGUGCUUCUUCUGAAAUGUGAAAAGCCUCAGCGUGUGGCCAGGCCUGAUCUUCAAACCCUACAUGAAUUGAUUAAACCGGAAAGUACAAAAAAUAUUUUCCAUUUAAUGGCUAUAGAAGUAAGUGAACAUUUCUGACAUGAUCCGGUCUAUUUGUCCAACACUGCAUACGCUGCUUUACUGCGAUGUGUCCAAGCACAAAUUCACUAACCUUCCCUCAUAAACUGAUAUUUGUUGCCCGCAGAUUAUCAUAGAGCCUAAUUUUAACAUGAGUAAUAUUAAAACUCUGGGAAUUUUUUUCAGGGUUAAGCCUGUUUGAUCUAAACUGCUGUAUCGGACUUUUUUACUUCACACUUAUUAACAAAUUACAAUUUUACCAAGCAACAGCUAACAACUCAAGAGCAGAAAUAAAAGUUUUAUAAAAGUAAGAUUCAUUUUGCCAUAGUUCUACCACAUUAUUUUCGUGAUAAAAUGUACUGAUUCCAGCUGAGGUAUUUAUUAAUAAUAUUUUAUGUAUCAUUGCUUCUUAAGUCACCUCUUUGACAGCAGAGUUGAAAUGGGGAAAGUCCAAACCUGAGAUGAAUCUAAGCACAAUGAGAAGGAUAAAGCAGUGACACUAUCAUUGCAGAGGACGUGUUUUCUCUGCAUCUGACCGCCUGCUUACUUCCCAUUUGUUCUGACUUGUUUCCAUUAUGAUUCACGAUCACAUGCAAUGAACAGAAUGUAAAUACAAAGCACACAGACUGUAAAUAUGUUCAUUACACUGUUUGGGUGCAUCAGUAACAAAAGUCAUAAAUAGUGCUCUAUGGCCGACAUGGGAGUAGACGGCAUAUAGUUAAAGUACAGACGCAUCCGUGUUGCAUAUAGUUAGAAUGUUUACUCUGUAGUAUGCAUAUACUGUAAAUGUUGUUUUACAUGUUACUGUAGAUUACUGAAAUGAAAUGACAAGUCUUACUGUAAGUUUUUUGCACUGUAAGUUAAAAUCUCCGAUGGGAUGUAGGUGUGAUCUGACCGUCCUCUAUCCAAGGCUCAACUCUGGCCCAAAUGUCACUCAACAGUGUGCUUUUUUCUUUGUGUUUAAAGGAAGUGAUUGCAAAACCAAUUGCAAAGUCUCCUUUUACAGUGUGAAACCGGAGUUACAGCUGCACAUUAUGUGCUGGCACAAAUCACAGUUAUUUUAUGGAACUUGAGAUGCCGGUGGACCUGAAAUCACCCAGAAUAUUCUGAAAAACUGAUAUAAAAAUCCAGUCAUGCUGUGCCACAAAAGGUGUUUGAGCAUGGUGUUUCUUGUAGCUUUGUUCUAUAUUUAAUAUAGUUUUUUAAAACUAUAUAUAUAUUAAACUAUAUGAAAUAUUUUAAAAAUGUUAUUCUAUCUCAAGUGAGCUGGACAAGUAAUUUGUGUGGCCUGUUUUUUUUUUUUAUCCAUGGCGCAAGUGCGCCCCCGUGUGGCUGGCACCGUCAUGACCAUAGUGUUAAUUAAUAUUCGGCUGUCUGGAUCUAAGGGAGAAGGUCUAAAUUUAUCCCCGGCUGAAGAUACUAAGAAAGCCUUGGGCAGUGACUCAGAGGAGACCUACAUCCACUCUACACUGUAAUUAUCGAAUCUGAGUCCAUAUCCUGGACAAGGUGCAAAUUUAUUGGUAUUAUUGUUAUUUCCAUUGUGUGAAGAGUAGCUAUAAACUGAAGGUGUUGAGUCAGCUCACGCCAGUUCAACUCACCAACAGCACACUGAUUUGUAAUGUCCCCCUUCCCCUCUUUAAUGCAUAGAAGACAAUCUUUACAAUGGCUUUUACUCGCAAAGCACAGUGUUUACAUGCUAAACCACCGCUAAAGCACAGAAUAAACUCAUUAUAACUCCACGAAACAAUAUGCUAUUCUGCGGUUCUGUUGCUCAUAUAGUAAACAGUUGUGUCAGAUAAGAUUAUUUUGAUUUUGGCAACAAAAUCCUUGCUACCUCUCUUUUUUGCACUUUGUUUUAUUAAACUAGUCUUGACCCCUCUUUAGUAAUGGAUCACCUUUGAAGGUGUUGCACUCACUGCUGGGUAAGUGCAACAGAAAACCAAAUACGUACAACUGAAAUCCCAUGAUCACCACAUCUGUGGUCGGCUUUAAUUGAUCUAAAAUGUGAUUUCUUUUCCCACGUCCUAUUUUGCCACACCUCUCUAAGAACUGAAGGUUUGUUGAAGGUUUGAACAUGUUUUUCUUGUUAUACGUCGUUGCACAGACCUCUCAUUGAUUGUCUGGCUCUGUAGCUCGUGAACUGUGCCAAAUCAUUGACACCAUUUGUCAAGGCUUUUGAAACGCUUGUACGAUUAAGAUGUGCUGAUGUACUGAUGAGUGGAUUUACCACUAACACCCCCAGGAAAAGGCAUCAAACCAUUCAUCCGACCAAAAUGAUGAUAGCAAUACUAACCACUUCUCUGUUGCUAUAGGCUUUGCAUGGGCUUGUAUAAACCUUACAGUUUCAGUGGUUACACACAGACACGCACACAUGCACAGACAGAAUCGUGUCAACUGAAUUUACAAUAAAUCUGACUAUGUAACAUAAUUCUAAUUUGUCUGUUUGUACAAUAAUGACAUCAGUGGUAUUACGGAUGAAGUAAACACUAUUUAUUUACUGUAUGUGCAACAAUGAGAUGUCUCUUUGUCAAAGAGAAAAGUUUUAUUGAUCAAUAAAGUUUUAUCCUGCUUAACCAUCA